AUGACGUGGACUGCUGACUGCUCCACCCAGAACUUCGUGGUGCAGAUGAUAUCUCCAGCCAAAGACGGGGGUGUAGACACGGUGGUCUCUCUCCCAAACCCCAGCAACGGGGAAAACUUCUUACUCGCAACCAUCCACUACAAUUCCAUAGACGAAAUUGAUGUCGAGGAUGACAUCGGGCGACGCCUCCAGAUCGCCGACAGCGUCGGUGAGCAAACCAACCUGCGAGAAGGGGCCCAACGGUAUGCUCUCGACGACGGUUUGGAAAUCUUGACUCCUCGACGGCUCCUCGCCAAGGAGGCGGAAAGGGGAAUCGAGAGGGCAAGGCUGGAAGACCCGGACAUCGACGCCAAGGAUUGCGACAUCCGCCUACUCCAGGCAAAUAAGAUUAUUGAUUUGGCAAGUUCGGUCUCACAUCUCCGCCCCCCAUUGCCUUCUGCUUGGAACUACCCUUCCAUUCCAAAGGAAUACCGGUCAGCUUCUCCGGAAGGCCAAGAGGCAUUCCACGAACGUGGACUUCGCCGCCUGAACGAGGACAACGUUGUCAUGCCUGGCGGCCGAGUGCUUUCGAGUGAGACCGUGAUCGACGUGUUGGUGCUGUACACGGAAAAAGCCAUGCUGGAGUCGAACUCCGUAGACGGAGCUGGCCGAAGUAUUGCACAGAUGGAGAGCGACAUAGCCACGGCCUACCAAGGGGCGAACAACGCUCUGUCGGCGUCUGGGGUCAACUUCUCCGUGAGGAUCGUGCACAUGGAACAGGCUCCUUUCGACGAAAGCGACAGCAUCGUCGACGACGUGCGCGCCCUCCAGAAGAACGAGGGCGUGCACAAGCUGCGCGACGAAUACGGCGCUGACCUCGUCCAGCUGAUCGGUUACUACCUCAACACCUGCGGUGUCGGGUCCAAGGUCUCCAGUUUUUUUGCCCUGUAUCCCGCGCGUACGCACAGGUUUACCAUGGGCACACCCUCUUCCGGCUUCGCUCAGUACGGCUACUCGGUGGUCCACACCAACUGCCUGUCCAACUUCUCGCACAUUCACGAGCUCGGGCACAACUUCGGAGCCAACCACAACAAGGAGAACGUGGGGGGGAGCGGGGGCGUGGAUGCCUACAACUACGCGUACCGCAACUGCGACGUAGGCACGAAGUUUCGCACAAUCAUGGCAUACUCCUCGGGUUGCCCUUCAACUCCACGGGUAAACGUCUUCUCCAACCCCGACCUCACCUACGCCAACCAGCGCCAAGGGACGGAAAACGCAAACAACGCCCGUGUCUUGAACGAAGCCAUGGUCACAGACUGGAACUCCCUUGGAGCAAGUGAUGAACUGAAACAAACGAGAAGCUACCGUUCCACCUUGGAGAGAACGAAGUGUUGA